UAUUCAAUUGCGACUGCGACUGCGAACUGCGAACUGUGAAACAAACUGUGUGCUGUGUCUCUGUAUUUCGUUUUGUGACGCGGCCAACGAAAUCCCGACAAACGGAUCCAGAAUAAAACACACACACAAACACACAUACAGAGAGCGAGAGCGAGAAGUCCAAGGUUUGAAACAACAACAACAAGAACAACAACAACAACUAGUGUAAAGCAGCAGAAGACGACGACGCGGAGAACAGCAACUAUAAACGUAAUCAAAGCAACAAAGAAGCGCACAACAAAGUCUCCAAUCACGAGAGACAACAUUGCAAAAGAACCAGAGAGGAACGCAGACAGAGAGAGAAAGAGAGUCCGAUCGAGAGCGAGGCAGCUUGGUCAAUACAAAAAAUUACGCAUACGCCGUGUGAAGCGCAAUCGCAGCCAAAAAGAAAUAAACACAAAACAAAGCCACAACAACAACAACAACAAAGAAGAAGAAGAAGAAGAAGAAGAAGCAACAAUAUUUUUGUUAAGAUUAAGAAUACAAUUAACCGAUCGCCGCUGACUGACUCAGCCCCUUGAAGACCUUCCCCUCAAAGCCUCGCCCCCCAAAGUGAACGGAUCAGCAACGGACUCUCUUUCUUCAAUGUUGUUGGCCUCCCCUCCUGAAAUUAAUCAUCGCUGACAAUCGCAGAUAGUUUCGGCGCCGCCAAUUGCCGAGAUUCUCUCCACACACAAAAAAACACCCGCUGAUAAUCAUCGACUAGGCGAAGCACAGCCUCAUCGCCACCGUGCAAUCGGCAUUGGUGGUAACAAUUUCAAACUGCAUCCGGCUAGAAACUCAGCUUCAAGACGUCUUGCAAACGGUUGAAAAUGGAAAAGACUCCCCGGUAUACGCAGCGGGAGCGCAACAUGGUGCUCACAUAUGCAGCACAACACAAGGAUGUGAUUGAGAAUAAGCGCACGGACGCCGAAUCCAAUCGCAAAAAGGACGAAGUGUGGCUGCAGAUAGCCAAGGACUUCAAUGGCAAGGUCUAUCAUCAGCGUAGCGCCAAACAGUUGCGACAGCUCUACAAGAACAUGAAGCUCCUCCUCAAGAAGGAUCUGUGCGGCGAGGAUAAGGGCAAUCGCUCCUUCUUGGAUCUGCUCAACACACUCUCACAACAGGAUUCGGUGGCCCAAUACAUUGCCGAGCAAAUGUCACCGGAUGGCGCCGGCAGUCAAGCGACUGGCAAUGGUCGCCACUUGGCCGAUGACUACGAGGACUCAAAGCUUCCACUGUACGAGGGCAUGGACACGGAUGUCAUACUGAUCAAAUCUGAGACGAUUAGCGACAAUGAGCAGACUGAGAACGGCAUGGACUGCAUGGACGAUGACGAUGACGACGACUGCCCCAGCCCGAAGGCGCCCGAAGUGUGCCUCGAGGAGGAGGACGGGGUGCUUUUUCCCACAGAUCGGAGCCACUUGCAGCAGCACAGCGGCGGCGGUUCGAUAGCCAGCAAUCAAGUGAAUGGCAACGGCAACGGCAACAACGGCAUCGGUGGCAGCAACAUUGACGCCUUGCCACGUGCACCCAGCUCACCGGUGUGCAGCACCAAGACGUCGAUCUCAUCGACGGGCAGUUAUAUGUCCGCUGGGCAGACGCCCAAGGCUGAGAUAACGCUGACCAGCGUGGGCAACAUUCGUGUGGGGGCGUUUGCCAGCAUCAAUAAUACGCUGCACAAUGGCAACAGCAACAGUAGCAGCAACAACAACAACAACAAUAAUAACAAUAUCAACAGCAGCAGUAACAAGAACAACAACAAUAGCAACAAUGGCAACAAUGUUGCGGCUGCCGCCGGAGGUGGCAACAGCUUGCAACUGACUGCGGAGCAGAUGCAACAGCAUCUGCUGCUCAAUGGCCUGGGAUUGUCGGCGGUGCAGCAUCCGCCGGCGGGGCAAUCACUGCAGGCGGCCAUCAAUGCGGCCACAAGCGGCGUGGGCAGCGGGCGGCAGACGCAGACGUUGCAAUUGCCGCGGUUGCAGCGGGGACACAAUGCGGCAGCAAGUGCUGCGGCAGCCACAAACGGUGGCAACAGCAAUGCAACCGGUGUGCAGUUGCUGUUGAAUGGCCAUCAGACGAGUCGCGACAAAUCGCAACAGCAACAACAGCUGCAUCAGCAACAGUUGCAACAGCAGCAGCAGCAACAGUUGCAUCCCAGUGGCAGCAUCACGUUGGCUGCGGGCAGCUUUAAUGGCUACAAUGGUCUCGGUGUCAUCAACUGUGGCCCCAUCAGCAGCGGCAGCAACAACAGCCACAACAACAGCGCCAGCAGCAGUGGCAGCGGCAGCAACAACAACAACAACCACAACCACAACAACAGCAGCGGCAAUCUGCAAACGAGCAGCCAAAACAAUCACAACAACCACAACAACAUCAGCGGCAGCCACAACACAAGCGGCGGCAGCAACAGCGGCACACGUGGCCAACACAAUGAGUACAUGAUGACGCUGGCCGUCGAGGAGCGUAAGCUGAAGAUUGAGCUGCUGAAUGCGCAGAUCAAGUAUUGGGAGACGUUGACCAAGAAGCUCGACUCCCAGUCCGGUCACUAUCCCAAUCCGGCGUGUCCUUGCCACUUCCCGGGCACCGGCGUCAUCGGAGGCGUGGCAGCAGCGGGCAGCGCUGCUGUCGCUGUCGCUGCCAAUGCGUUGCAAACGCAGUCGAGCAGCAGCUAGUCCGCAGCUUACGCUGGCGGCGACGACGACGACGAUGACGACGACGACGACAAUGCCGGCCAACUGCAAACUGAUGAUGAUGACGAUGACGAUGACGAUGACGAUGAUGUUGAGGAUGUUGAUGAAGAAGAAGAGCAGGAGGAGGAGGAGGAGGAGAAUGUGCUGGAUGCUGAUGAGCUGGAUGAUUUGGACAGUGACAUCAUCUCGAUUGUGGACAUUGACGAUGACGAUGAUGACGCUGACGCUGAGCAGGAGGAGGAGAAGCAGCAGCAGCAGAAGCUCAACAUAACUGAUUUGACGCUGCAUGAUGAUUUCGAUUCACAGGAUGCCUUGGUCAAGGAUGUGGGCGUGGUCGGCGGUCUCUCACCGCCACCGCCACCACCAACAUCAACAUCGACACCCAAGUCGCUGUCGUUGCCGUUGCCGUUGCCGCCAGCGAAGCGAGUGAAGCAGCGACACAUUGCAGUGCUGCCGGCGGAAGCUGCCUCCGCGUUGCUGUUGCAGCUGACACAACAGACGUCGCCGUCGCCAUCGCAAUCGCCAUCGCAAUCGCCGCCAAGUGAGGAUAAGCUAUAGUCUUAAGAGUUAUUAGCUAGUCUAGUAUUUUAAUCCCUUUACCCCAAAGUCUAGUAUGGCAAUGUCAAUGCCUUAAACGUCGUCGUUUUUCGAUUUGCCAUCAAACCAAAACUACCAUAAUUAACAUAUAUACAACUAUUAUUAUUAUUAUUAUUAUUAUUACUAUUAUUAUUAUUACUGCUAUUUAUUUAUGUGUGCCAAAAACGAAACUGCGUCUGUGUGUCUGUCUGCGUGUCUGUCUGUGUAUGUGUGUGUGCAUGUGACGCGCUUUUUUUUGUUUUUAUUUUUAUAUUUUACAUUGUACUUUGUAACAGCGCCUAACCAAACCUUAAUUGCCAUCUAAAGAAAUGCUUGCCAAAAUUUAAUUUUAAGCAUUAAUUUAUUGUCCCCCCAACCCCAAGCCAGCAAUUAUUUAUUGUUUUUUUUUUUGCUUUUUUUUAAACGUUAAGUUACUUAUUUUUUGUUAAGCUGUGAAACCAAAAGAAAAAGCAACGAAGGGCCUAAACAAAGAAAAAAACUAUUAUGAAAUGCAGAAGAAAAACGAAAAUACACAUUUUCAUUGAUCACUGUAUAUUUACCUUAAUUAACAUUACUUAAUUAGUUGUCAUCUAGUUACAAUAACACACAAAAACAUGAGAAAACACACACAAAACAACAACAAAAUAUGAAAACUGUACAAAUGUGGUUCCUAAUCUAGUCCUUAAAAACAAAAACACAAAAAAAAACAAAAACAAAAACAAAAAAUCGAAAGAAAAACUGUUUAAAAAAGAAUGCAAAAUGUGAAAUGCAAAAGCAAAUUGUUAUGCAUAUAGCGAAACUUGUGUAUUUUUUUUUUAUAUACAUAUAUAUACAUACACAAAUUAUAAAAGAAAUAUAUAUAUAUAUUUUAAUGGAAUGCCCCCAGUCCCAAAACCCUCCAAAGAACUGUAGCUAAUUUUAAUGUACUUAAAAAUACAGAAUAACAAAAAACAAAAAAGAAAAAACCAAAAACCAAACAAAAAAAAACAAAGGCACCUACUAUCCCCCGUUUAUUAGUUUGUACAGAGAUAUAGGAAGAGAUCGAGAGAAUGAAAGAAAGAGAAACUUGCUAGUCGCCGUUGCAUAACUGUAUUCAUUAGUCUAGCAUAAAUGAAAGCGAAAGGAUUUCACAAAUUAUGCUAUUUUGUUAUGCAUUUGCAUACUGCUAGUAAUAAAACAAAAAUUAUUAUACAAAAACAAGUAUGUUUAAUUGUAAUGCCUAUAUGUAACCACAAUUUACAAAACAAAACAACAAAAAAAUACAAAAACAAUUUAUACAAUUU